CAUAGCCGCGUGAAACGGUGGAUUUUACGUGGACCCCAAGUGAACCAAGUCUGAACGUUGGCCACUCUCUCUCUCUUGAUCCGUGGGGACUUCCUUGUUCGAGGGCGAGGGAUCCAUAUAGACAGAGAGGAGAGAGAGAAGGUCCGCUCGGCUCGGCUCGGCUCGGCUCGGCUCGGCUCUGUUAUUUAGGCCUCCACCACUAGCUCCUUGGUCUGCAUUCCUCCGCUGCUUCCAUGGCAUCGACCCACCAACCCUAGAGAGAAAAACAAACGACCACGCAACUAAGUUGAAAAUUUUCUCUUCCUUUUGAUUCUAGGGUUUUCUCCCUCUAAAACCAGAUAAUCCAAUGGAUUUUAGCGAUGCUGGCGAGGGUCCUUCUCCUGCCACUGCUCAGUGGGUGAGUGCCGUUUCUCGUCGAUUCCAGUAUUAUCUCGACAAAUUGGCGCCCCACCCUCCGGCGAGAUGGUUCGCCUUCCUAUGUGUGGCCAUGGCAUAUGUUGUGCGUGUGUAUCUGGUUCAGGGGUUCUACAUCGUGUCUUAUGGGUUGGGAAUCUAUAUACUCAACCUCCUCAUCGGGUUUCUGUCUCCCCAGACUGAUCCCGAGAUUGAUGGCUCUGAUGGCCCGACUCUGCCGACAAAGGGCUCUGAUGAGUUCAGGCCUUUCAUCCGUCGCCUCCCUGAAUUCAAGUUCUGGUACGCUAUCACAAAAGCCUUCUGCAUAGCUUUUGUAAUGACAUUCUUUGAAGUGUUUGAUGUGCCGGUGUUUUGGCCAAUACUGCUCUUCUACUGGCUGGUGUUAUUUGUUCUCACAAUGAAACGACAGAUACGCCACAUGAUUAAGUACAGAUAUGUACCUUUCUCCUUUGGUAAACAGCGUUAUACGGGAAAGAACGUAGCAUCUAAUGACAAGGCAAGCGUUCCCAGAGACUGAUAUCUAUCGAGUCAUGUCAUGAGCUCGCUGAGGAUUUGGAUGAUAGCAACGAGUCUUCUGCCUAAGGCAUGCUUGUGGUGAGCAUUGAAGUCCUGCGAAGCAGUGCAGCUUAACAAGUUGGAAUGGAGCAGGUGAAUUUGCAGUGGGUUAUUUUCUUACCCUUUUUUCCAUUCUAUUGUAUUAGCUUUCCUGCUUAAAUAUAGAAAUGAUAGUCCAAGCAGUGGUAAUGAGACUGCAAUUUGAAGAAAAGAGAUUGUCGGGAUUAUCUUUCAUAUACAUGUUUGUUUAGCACGCUUUUACAAUUAUUUAGGGAUGUCAAGAAGGGGCCAAGCAGCCAUUCUCAUUCAGAGGUUCUUAUAUAUUAUUGUCCUUAAAGCUCUGUUUGAGAACAAAAACACCAAAUUUCUAUUUAUCAGAUCAAGCAGGCAGUUAUUAUGAUA